AUGGUAUCAGAUGCUGAACGAUUGGCUCAAUGGCGGACUAUCGGUUCUCGUCAUUCUGAAGAGGUCAUAGAGAUAGCUCCUAGAGUUUUGGCCAGGUCGACGGAUCAAGAAUGGGCAGUGAGGGAGCAGCUUGUCAUCGCUGCGUUAGACGUGGGCAGGAUAGAGCUGGCUUCGGAACAAAUUGAUAUUCUCGAAAAGAAAUUCCCAGCCUCACCACGGGUUCUACUGCUCAAAGGUUUACGAUUGGAAGCGGAGGAUCAACCUGUUGCAGCGAAGAAAGUAUAUAUGGCGGUAUUAGCGACAGACGAGACCAAUGUGACCGCUCAUCAACGUCUCAUAGCAGUAUCACUCUCAACAACCGACGUCCCUACUACCAUCCCUGUUUUACUCACUUAUCUUGAUAAUUUUUACUCUGAUCCUUCCGCUUGGUCUCUCUUAGCCGAUUUGUAUUGUCGUGUUCAAAUGUACGCUCAAGCUUUGACAGCCAUGGGACAUUUGAUGCUGCUACAAUCAUGGGACAGCAACGCAGUGACCAAAGCAGGAGAGAUAGCGUAUACUAUGAAGGAUUAUUCUCUUUCCCUUAAAUACUUCCUGAGAGCAGUCGAGAUGGAGAACGGUCCUCGUGGUAGUGCCCCAUCGGAAAGGACGAAAGCGUGGUGGGGAGUCAAGCAAGUGAGGAAACUACUUGAAGAGGGUGAAACACUGACGACCGUCGUACCCGAUUCAAUGUCCACCACUCCGGAUCAAUUGAAAGCUCUUGAUCUGUUAGCGACAGAGCGGUUAUUAGCUAUAGGAGGAAAUGAUAUGGAAUCACGGAGAAAAAUCUUGGGUGAGGAGAUAAUUGUGAGAUGA